AAGCGGUAGCGGCGGCGGCGGCAGCGGCAGCUGUGAAGGGGGGUUCCGGGAAGAUGGUGCUGAUUAAAGAAUUCCGGGUGGUUUUGCCAUGUUCUGUUCAGGAGUAUCAGGUUGGACAGCUCUACUCGGUUGCAGAAGCUAGUAAGAAUGAGACCGGUGGUGGAGAAGGAAUAGAGGUCUUAAAGAAUGAACCUUAUGAGAAGGAUGGAGAAAAGGGACAGUACACACACAAAAUCUAUCACCUAAAGAGCAAAGUUCCAGCGUUCGUGAGGAUGAUUGCUCCUGAAGGCUCUUUGGUGUUCCACGAGAAAGCCUGGAAUGCAUAUCCCUACUGUAGAACAAUUGUAACGAAUGAAUAUAUGAAAGAUGAUUUCUACAUUAAAAUUGAAACAUGGCAUAAACCAGACUUGGGAACAUUAGAAAACGUUCAUGGUCUAGAUCCAAACACAUGGAAAACAGUUGAAAUUGUCCACAUAGAUAUUGCAGAUCGAAGUCAAGUUGAAGCAGCAGACUACAAAGCUGAUGAAGACCCUGCAUUAUUCCAGUCAGCCAAGACCAAGAGAGGCCCACUGGGACCCAACUGGAAGAAGGAGCUGGCCAGUGACCCUGACUGUCCUCAGAUGUGCGCCUAUAAGCUGGUGACCAUCAAGUUCAAGUGGUGGGGCCUGCAGAGCAAAGUAGAAAACUUCAUCCAGAAGCAAGAGAAAAGGAUAUUUACAAAUUUUCACCGCCAGCUUUUCUGUUGGAUUGACAAGUGGAUCGAUCUGACAAUGGAAGACAUUAGGAGAAUGGAAGAUGAGACCCAGAAAGAACUAGAAACAAUGCGUAAGAAGGGUUCCGUCCGAGGCACGUCGGCUGCUGAUGUCUAGAUGAGCCCCUAUAGGGUCAGAGACAAUAUCACACUGUUUACGUAAUCAAGGUCAAGUGAGAGGAACCAGCGCAGCCAGCGACGAGUGACGGAGGACUGACGGCAUCACGCAGACGCAGGUCCCGGCGUGUGUGCGAGCGCGCGCGCGCGUCUCUGUCUGUAGCUGUAUAUAGAACGCAUGUAGAGCUACAGACGCCAGGUACACACUCGUGUGUAUAUAUGUACAUACAAACACACGGAAGGGAUCCGCACAGCUCCCCAGCUCUGUACCUGCGUUCAGCAAGAGUGCAGAAGGAAAUAUUUUCAAUAUAUACAUACCUGGGAUGGAUUUGAAUAAUUAUCAGAGUAAUGCCAUUAAUGGACGAAUUGACUGCAAUGUGAUCCCAGCUGGUAUGCUUCAUAAAUGUCAAAUUGUGGACCAAUAUAUAUAUAUAUAUAGCCUUUUGUUAUUUUUCUGUUCUUUUCAAGUCAGUCUCCUGUUAAAUUUUUUGUUUCAGUCCUAUAAGCAACUAGACUCCCCGAAACCGCUUCACCACUUUUCAUUUUUUGUUUUUGGUAUUCCAAUGAAUUUGAAAUGUAAACCCUGAAUGUAUUUAUAACUAUUUAUUUCUGGAUGGUUGUUAUCAUCCAGCCAAAUUUGACGAUCUCUCUUAAGUAUAAACCCAUUUUUACUCGUUCACCCCCAAGGGAAGAGUCCUUUUAAAAAGAAAUUUCCCACUUUUUAUUGGAUUUUUGUAUUUUAAAUUUCAAGUAUUUUUCUACAUCAAACGUAGUUUAAAAAAAAAAAAACUGAGAUGACGGUUUGUGAUUUCUAAUAAACACAAGGUGGUUUGAAGGCUCUUGCUAGGCAAGCCGAGGGGUCCGAGCAGCGGCGGAAGGGCCGCGCUGUGUGGAGUCUUGCUUGUGAAAGGGCUGGUUCGUGCUGCAGCAGCGUGGCCAGGGCGGCCAGUGGGCAGAGCCUGCUCUUCCCACCACCCUGCUGUUCAGGGGACCCUGGCUCUGGGGCAGGGGCAGUAAGACGCGGCCGGCCGGCCGGGGCUGGCCUGCGCGAGGCCUGUGUGCUCGCAGCAGGGCGUUCAGCCAGAACCCACGGUGACUGGGCACAGUGGAAGUCACUGCCGCCUUGUUUUUUCCUUUUUUUUUUUUUUUAACUUUUCUGUUUUUUUAAAGAAGGAACAAUAGCUAGGGAAGAUUUUUUUUUUUCUUUAUCAGCUUUCUCUGUCUGAAUGCCUGUUCUCCUGUCCCGUCCCGGAGGCUUGAGUAGGCCUCUUGAUCAUAAGCUGUCCUCUUUAACCUGCAGUCCCCUCCCUCACGUAAGCUGUCAGUCCUGCCUGCCCCACCCACUUGGGGGUGGGGCCCGUCCCUGCCUGGAGGCCCGCCUCCCUCUCCUCCGUCCCAGUCCUCCUGUGCCCAGGACAAAGGCUUGUGUGUACUGCCAGCGCUGGUUGCACGGUGGGGAUAGGCUUGGUCAGAGCGGAAUCAUGGUCCUGCCGGGUGCUGCCUAUUUGGGGUAUUUGGUGCCAUGCAGAGCCUGGCUCUGGCCUCUUCACAAACCCUGUGCACUGGCGUCUAGAGUCUGGCCCAGAGCCUCAGGCACAUCAAAUGCUUUUCUAACAACUGGAGGUGGGAGGGAAUGCGUGGCGAAUGUAAAACACCCCAUUUACCUGGUGGUCUCCUGUGUAAAUUACAGUAAAGCAAAGUAAAUGAAAUUUAAACAAAAAUAAUAAUAAAUUUGAUCACUAAAGCCCCCCUGUGUGCUCGA